AUGGGGAUUGUAGCAAAGGAAGAGGGUCUGCUAAAACUGGUUCAUCCAGGUAGGUACGUGGAGAUUCACAGACAGGCUUUAACUGCCGCUCAAGUGCUGAAGAACAAUCCUAGGCAUUCCAUUACUAGACCAGAUGUGUUCGAGUAUCCGUGGAUCGUAGUUAAACCUGACUCUCUACUGCAUCCAGGGAAAGUUUUCUUCAUUGUUCCCAAUCGCACAAUCUACAACUUGGUAAAAGCUCACAAGCAAUGCCACCAGCAGUCUCCACGCCAGACCCAGUUUUCAAAGAAUCAUUAUGCUUGUGGACAAGUUAAAAAACGGGGCUCGACAAGAAAGUCAGCUGGGAGUACACCAAGGCAUCGAAACAAGCACCGAUGGUUUAAGCAACCACUUCCCAUCACAUCCUGUAUUGGGGCUGAUUUCCAAGAGCAAGACUGUGAUAAGAGAACCAGAAACCCACUAGGAAAACCAGUUGGGAUGACACUUAAGGAUCUAAACCAGCACCAAUCACUUCCUAUCGCAUCGUGUAUUGGGACAAGUUUCCAAGAACAAGGCAGUAAGCGAACCAUAACAACAUCCAAAGUUGAGUCUUGGCCCAAGUUGAUCUCCAACCUCAGAAACACCCACCUAGACUUUGAAGAGAAACCAGAGGAGGAUUCAACAUGUGAGAUUAGACCUUCACAUCACAAAGAGUAUCCAUUAAUCAACACUAACACCCCGACAGAAUUUCCUAGAAAGAGUGAUAGUGAUUUAGAGUUUAACUGCAUGGAAGAGGCAACUACACUGAAAUCUUGCUUGAGGAAACCGGACAGUGUUCGUAAGUUGCUUCAACUCAGGGUUUCUUUCACCUUGCCAUAG